AACCCUGCUAUCUGCUUACCUGUGCUCAUAGCACAGGGGACCGACCUGAGGACGUUUGUGUGCUGCGCCAGUGGCUGUGUGUGUCUGCACUAAAGGAUAUUCACUAGCAGUAAGGAGUAAAGAUGAAUCCAGAGAAAGCAGACGCCAUGGCAGACAAAGAGCAAGGAAGGACCAAGAAGAGUAAAUCAAAGGUGGACUGCUGUGGUUACCCGCUCAGUAUUUUCUUUAUUGUGGUGAAUGAGUUCUGCGAGCGGUUCUCCUACUAUGGCAUGCGAGCGGUGCUGGUGCUCUACUUUCGCUACUUCCUGCGCUGGGACGACGAUCUGGCCACCACUAUCUACCACACCUUUGUGGCCCUGUGCUACCUGACACCCAUCCUGGGUGCUAUCGUGGCUGAUUCCUGGCUGGGAAAGUUCAAGACCAUAGUGUAUCUGUCCAUUGUGUACACUAUAGGACAAGUGGUCAUGGCGGUCGGUGCCAUCCAUGAUAUUACAGACACCAACCAGGACGGCACACCUGAUAACAUGACCUUCCAUGUUUCCCUGUCUAUGGUGGGUCUGUUCCUCAUUGCUGUGGGAACAGGAGGCAUCAAACCUUGUGUGGCAGCCUUCGGAGGAGACCAGUUUGAGGACCACCAGGAGAAGCAGAGAAGCACUUUCUUCUCCAUCUUCUACCUUUCCAUCAACGCCGGCAGUCUGCUUUCCACCAUCAUCACUCCCAUUCUCAGAGCUCAGGAGUGUGGAAUUAACUCCCAGCAGAAGUGUUAUCCUCUGGCGUUUGGUGUUCCAGCCGCUCUGAUGGCUGUUGCGCUAAUUGUGUUCAUUGCUGGCAGCAGCAUGUACACUAAAGCUGCCCCCAAACACAAUGUCAUGCUGCAGGUGUGCAAGUGCAUUGGAUUUGCCAUUAAGAACCGCUUCAAGCACCGCAGCAGUGCAUACCCCAAGAGAGAGCACUGGAUGGACUGGGCCAACGAGAAAUAUGAUAAACUGCUGAUUGCUCAAGUGAAGAUGGUGCUGAAGGUUCUCUUCCUCUACAUCCCACUGCCCAUGUUCUGGGCUCUGUUUGACCAGCAGGGAUCUCGCUGGACUCUCCAGGCCACGACUAUGAAUGGCGACUUUGGUGGCUUUGUUGUGCAGCCAGAUCAGAUGCAGACCGUGAACCCUAUUCUGAUCCUGGUGAUGGUGCCUAUCGUGGACAGCGUGGUGUAUCCCCUCAUUAAGAAAUGUGGUCUGAACUUCACGCCUCUGAAGAGGAUGACUGUGGGUAUGUUUUUGGCAGGAUUAGCGUUUGUGGCUGCGGCGCUGGUGCAGAUUCAGAUUGAUGAUACCCUGCCUAAGUUCCCCUCACACUCUGAGGCUCAGGUGAAGUUCCUGAACAUGGAAAAUAACCCGCUGUCUGUAUCUGUGGAUGGAACACCGUUCGAUAUCCAAGCUUUCCAGUCCUCAGGGAACUACCUGAACCUUAAUACGGAAACAGCAACAGUAGCUAUGAACGGGAGUGAAUUCAUGCUCAGUCUGAUCAAAGGAAGACGCCAAACUGUCCUGCUCGACUCCACCGGGAUUCUAGAGAGCCGUCAAGAUUUAAACGCCAAACCCGAACAAGGAAAUAACGAUAUCAGAUUUGUGAACGGCUUUGGGACAGUGCUGAACGUGACGGGUGCUAAAGACCUGGGCGCCAUCACGCCCAAAAACUUCUCUGACUACGGCCUCGUUCCACAGGGCAAAGCCACCUUCACUAUACUGAACGGUGAAGGACAGACGUGCAACUACUCCAUCACUCUGGGCUUCGGAAGCUCCUACACACUCAUCAUUCCCAGCAUCUUCAGCUUUGGGCCUGAUUGUUGGACCACCAUCCAGCAGGUAGAAGACAUCAAGCCCAACACCAUCCACAUGGCCUGGCAGAUCCCACAGUACUUCCUCAUGACGGUUGGAGAAGUGGUCUUCUCCGUUACUGGUCUGGAGUUCUCCUACUCACAGGCCCCAAGCAACAUGAAGUCAGUCCUUCAAGCUGGCUGGUUGUUUACCGUUGCUGUGGGGAACAUUAUUGUGCUGAUUGUAGCAGAAGCAGGACAGCUCCCUGAGCAGUGGGCCGAAUACGUGCUCUUCGCUUCUCUCUUGGUGUGCGUGUGCAUCAUCUUCUCCAUCAUGGCCUACUUCUACACGUACAUUGACCCGGCUGAGAUCGAGGCCAAGUUUACUGAGCAAAACCCUGAAGACAAGGAGGAGAAGAAGAAAGGUCUGGAGUUGGGCAACAUGUCCAGCUUAGCUGCUGAGAAACCAGAGCAAACCAAACAGACCAAGAUCUAAACACCCCAUCUCCGCUUCCUCUGACUGCUGCCUGCUGUACGAAAGGAUGUUUCUGCUGGUCUGGUCUUUGGUUCAAUACUAGGAGACAUUGUGGUAUAAGCUGCUCCUGGACCAGCGCAGAUGGACAUAGUUUAUAUGAAGAAGAGUGUGAAUAGGACCAUUUCUAUAGCCAGAGGGUUGAGGUUUGGAAAUUGGCAUUGACGGCGUCCGUUAUGAUGUGUCUGUUGUUUCUGAGGCCUUGUUUCAGCACAGUGUGUUCGAACCGGUCUCCUUCGAGCAACUGAUUGACCAAAAACGUGGAAAAAAGAAAGAACCAGAGGAAAGAAAUAUUCUUCUUAGUCUCGUUCACUUCUUAGACAGGGUUAAGUCCUAUUGGAAAACAGCGAGACGAAAGCAAUUUCUCCCGUUUCUGAAAUUCAUCUCCUGAGAAAGGACUCUUGGAAUUUCUUUUUUCAGUCCAAAUAUUCUCCCACAGACCACAUAAUGUGCUAAGAGAAGAUGUCACUUUAUGUAGCUCUUUUAAACCUCAAGCUUUUCUCUUUCGUCUCAAAAAAUGCUUACAAUGUAAUGCUUAUGUUAAUCUUUUCUUCUAAGGAGAGUUUAGGUGUAAGAACUUAGGGCAACACUUCAUUGUAUGGUGCUGUUCAUGAGGCUACAUAAGACCAACAUAAGACUGUCAUGACAACUGACAUCCCUCUUUAUAAAUGCUUAUUACAAUACACAUCAUUUGCUAUAACGGUUAAAUUAGGCAAUUUUGUCAGCUAAAGUAGCCUUUAUGACUGAGGAUGCCUGUUGCAAUAAGCCUUUCUGAACAGUUUUGUAGGGUUAUGCCAGUUGUCAUGACAUCCUUAUGUAGGUGUCAUGCAGCCUUAUAAACAGCAUCCUACAGUACAGUGUUAUGGAAUUCAUAAACUGGUGACCUGUCAUUAUUUCAGUGUUGAAAUCUGCUUUAUUUGUCCUAAGAAAUAAAUAUAAGAAAGAAAGACACUGUUCUUUUGGGAAGGAGAACCCAGCACUCAGUUUUAUCUAAAACCAGAAAUCUGGGGUAAUUAAAUCUAAUGUUGUUGAAUUUUAUGUUGCUCUGUCUACAAAAUUUAUGGUUAUUUUAUAAAAUAUGUCAAAACGUUUAUUUUUAUAAGGGAUUCCGACAUAAAAAAUGCUAAUAAUUUAGCGUUUGUAUUUGUGUCAGUAUAAUAUAUAUAUUUAUAUAUAAUAUAAUAUAUUAUAUAAUAUAAUAUAUAAAAAAUAUAUUGUUUUAUGGUGUUUUUGUAUGUGAAGUUGACCGGUGCUGUGUGCAUUAAUAUGUACAUCU